AUGGCUACUGAAGAGGAUAUCACUAUUUCUCUUGAUAACUUUAUCAAAGCGUUUGCAAGGGAUACCUACAAAAUAGCGGAAGAACUUCAUAAAAACCCAGAAGUUGCGUUUGAAGAACACUACGCACAUGAUUAUAUAUCAAACUAUUUCGAGUCGCUAGGAGAGUUCAAAGUCACGAAACAUGCGUAUGGAGUUGAUACUGCCUUUGAAGUACUUUAUGAAAAUGGAGGUAGGUUGGUGAAUUUUAAUGCCGAGUUGGAUGCUUUACCUGACAUUGGACACGGUUGUGGGCAUAAUUUAAUUGCAGCAUGUUCAUGUGCAGCCUUUCUAGGUUUGGUCGAGACUUUAAAGAAAUACAAUUUGCCCGGAUCAGUUCAACUUUUAGGAACACCCGCUGAAGAAAGCUUAGGAGGAAAAUGCUUCUUGGUUAAUGCUGGAGCAUAUAACAAUGUCGCUGCAUCACUCAUGGCACAUCCAUUAGUACGCGAAAAUAAUAAAAAAGUGAUUCAAGUAGCUACUGAUUUCCUAGCCUGUUCUUUAUUCGAAACUGAAUUCACGGGAGCUGCAGCACAUGCUUCGGCCUUUCCAUGGAAUGGAGUUAAUGCAUUGGAUGCAUGCGUAGGAUCCUGGGUCAAUGUAUCAAUGCUCAGACAGCAAAUAAAACCAUAUGAAAGAAUUCAUGGCUAUUUCAAAGAUGGACCCAAAGUUGCAAACGUGAUUCCACAUAAAGCUAAAGUUGUAUUUCAGUGCCGGUCAAAGACCAAGGCGGAAUUGUUUGAAUUGAAGAAAAGGGUUGAAAGCUGUUGUAAUGCCGGUGCAAUGGCAACAGGUUGCUCUUCUCAAAUGAAUGAUGUUUUCACCUAUGCUGAUCUAGUGCACGUUCCUUCUCUUGAUGAAGCUUGCUAUGAAUCAAGCAAAGUAUUCUGUAGCGACGACAUAGAACUUUUAAAGCCCGACGAGGUUAUUUCAGAUAUUGUUGCUUCAUCUGACGUCGGGACUGUAUCCUACGAGGUACCAGUAAUUCAUAUGACAUAUACCAUGCCAACGAUAGCAAAAUGCCCACAACAUUCGGCUCUCUUUGCUCAAUCAGCAGGGAUAUUAGAAAAAUCAAUGCCGCCUACUUUAUUAUCAGCAAAAAUCUUAGCCCUAACAGCUUACAAGAUUUUGAGUAACGAUGAGCUUUACCUGAGCAUAAAAUCCCAGCAUGAAAACAUCAAGUAA